AUGUGCUCAGUGGGUAACCAUUUCUCAUUGGAUGGAAAUUGUCCUAUGGUAAAAAACCACAGUCAAGAAUUAAAUAAAGUGAAACAAGCCAUCGGAAAUGGUGAUUUAAACUAUAAUACACAAUUAAAACAAAUAAAAAAGUCAAAUGAGUAUCAAUAUGAUGUAAAUGCUUUUCCACCAUUGAUUAAAAUGGAUAGAAAUAUUGAAAAUAGGUGGAAUACACAAAAAACAGAUAGUAAUAACAAUAUCAAUAAAAAUGAAGUAGCUGAUGUAUUAAAGGAAAUUAAUAAAAAUUUAGAAAUGAUGAACAAGAAAUUAGACAAUCAGAAAAGAACAAUUGGAAGAAAUGAAGAAAAUAUUAGAUUAAAUAAAUUAGUCACAUCAGAGUUACUGACUACAAUGGCUAAUCUAAUGGGAGAAGUGGUGCUGCCAUUAUUGAAGUUAGUGACGAAAGGUGAAGAAGUAAUGAUUAAAAAAACAGAAGGUUAUGCAAAAAGUCUUAUUAGUAUGGAGAAAAAUUUACGUCUAAACUAUAAAUUUGACAUUGUAACGGUAACGGAUGAAACAAACUAUAUAAUCUCAUCAUCACUAUCAGAAACAGUUAAAGUGAAUCCGAACCCAGUACCAACAUCAUCAGUAAUGGCAGUCGAUGAUGGAAAAGAAACAGCCGAAAAGACAAGCACUUAA